AUGCCCCCACUGCUUCCGCGUCCUCUCCGCCUUUCCCGCAUAGCCACGUGUGUGGGUGGCCGCUCAGAACUUGCCACGUGGUGGCAGAUGUCGCACAUGGUUCUGCUGCCACCUGCCGUCUCAUCCUUCAGACCCCUCAUCCGUCGUUCGUUUUUCUCGCCUCCCGCUGCUGUUCCCUCCGCGCCAAUCCGUCCGCCAUCCCCGCUUCCCCCGUCAACACAGCCCUCGCCCUCCCCCACUUCCCCCCUGCGUAGUGCCUCUUUUCCCGCUGGCGCAAUCAAGCGGGUAGAAGACGUCAGCAUUGGGGGUAGGCGCAACGGCGGCAGCGGCUGCUGCGGAAGGAGGGUGUUGAGAUGCGCUGCUGGCGAGGGUCGGGGGAAAGGCGGGGGAAGAGGCGGGGCGGAGACGGGGUUUGAUGAGUGGAUGCGGAGGGUGGCGGACGGGGGUGGCGGGGACGUGGCACUGGCGCCGCUGGCACGCAGAGAUGGCGGAACGGCAGGGGAACUCGGCAAGAAGGGCGGUGAGGGGCUAGCGCGGGGAGAUGGCGCAAGCGCGGGGAGGGUGGCGCGGGGUGAUAGCGCGAGGGCGAGGCCGGGGGAAGGGGGUGGCGACAGCAACAGUAACGCCAGAAGACGCAGUGAUAGAGGCGGUACUGGGGGAGAUAAUGGGGGAGCAAACGACGAUGUGCGGGGCGGGGAAGGGGCUAUGGGGCAGAGCGAAGGGAUGGCGGAUUGGAUGGGAGCAGAGAGCAGCGGAUUCAGUGAGUCUGGUGGAGCAGGCGGGGAAGGCGAGGGCGGGGAGGAGAGUUGGGGCCGAGAGGGAGGGGGAGAAGGGGGAGAAGGUGGGGAGGGCGUGAGGUGGUUCGAGUGGAGGGAGUGUGUGGACGUAUUGAGGGCGCAGAUGGAGGGCAGGCAGCUGCAGUGGAACGAGAGGCGCAGGCGGUUCGAGGAUGCCUGCACUGGGAGUGAAAUUGAUGGCGCUGCUGCAAGUGGUGGUAGUGGUAGUGGUGGCGGUGGUGGCAACGGCAGUGUGUUCUUCCUGGCGCCGCCGCUGGUCCUCCUACCUCCCACAGCACCGCAAUCACCCCAAGAGUACAUCCGCUACCUCCUCUCUCGCCCCACCCUCUCCGCGCCCCCCGCCUCCCCCCCUCCCCCCUCCGCGUCCCCCCGCGCCCCCUCACUGGCGCUGGGGUCGCACAUGGUGGCGCUGCUGUGCGCUGACUCUGCUGCCCUCGCCAUCUUCCACCAAGGCAGGCUCGCACAACACAAGGUGAGCGCCUGUGCUUCAUGCCCUGGGAAAUCCUCCAUCCGCCUGUGGCUCCCAUGCUCCCUGCAUGCUCCCCAUCACCCUUUACUCGCCCCCCGCUCUUUUCUCUCUCCCCUCUCCCGCCUCUCCACCCCCUUCUCUUGCCCCCCACCCGCCCCCCCCCACCCCUCCCAGGUGAUAACAGCAUACACAGUGCGGGCGAAGCAGGGGCGGUCGCAGCUGGCGCAGCAGAGGGGCAAGGGCGCAGGGCGCAUGAGUGCAGGGGCGGCCAUCCGCGCACGGGAGACCCGCCGCCUCUUCUCUGAGGUUGUGCAGCGGUGUGUGGCAUGGGAGGCGGACAUCAGACAGUGCGAGAGGCUCUACUUCAGUGGAGACGUGCGUGCCUGGAAUGAGGUGCGGUGUGCGUGGAAUGAGGUGUGGUGCGCGUGGAAUGAGGUGUGGUGCACGUGGGAUGAGGUGCGGUGCACGUGGAAUGAGGUGCGGUACACGUGGAAUGAGGUGCGGUGCGGAUGGAAUGAGGUGCGGUGCGGAUGGAAUGAGGUGCGGUGCAGAUGGAAUGAGGUGCGACCAUGUCAUGUUCCCUCGCACCCCACUCCACCCCACGCGCCGCCACACCCUGCCAUCCCCAUCACGCCCCACCACUUCCCUCCCUGCCCCACCGUGCCCCAUCAUGCCGUGCAGGUGUAUGCAUGCCGUGCACCCGCCAUGCCAGUGGAGCGCAAGGACGAGCGGUGGGUGAAGGUGCCCUUCCACGUCGCCCGCCCCCGCCUCUCACAAGUGCUCCAGUGA